AAAAAUGUAUGAUUAUGCUGCUUCCGAUUCAAUUUUAAGCGGUGUAUCCAAUAUUUAUUUGGUAAGCAUUGCAACAGCCCUUUUAGCGGUUAUUAUUGCCCUGUACUUUAGCAAUUUACUCAAGGAAGAUGAAAAUGGUAUAGUUGUCCAAAGUGCUAGUAGUAGCUAUCAUGAAGGUGAUGAUAUAGAAGAUGAAUAUUUGUCCAAGGAAUCACAAAUGGAAAAACUUUUAUAUACCAACAAUGAUGAACGUUAUAUGGAAACCUAUUCGGCUGAUGAAAUGAGCAGUGAUGAAUAUGAUGAUGAAGAUUUGGAAUAUUUUAAACGUAAUUAUGGAACAUCGACAGAAACGAAUACCGAUGAUGAGAUCGAUGUUGAUCAUGAUAUACAUAAGGACGGGUUGGUUAGUAAAAUAAAAUCGAAUCGUGUUAAGGAAUUGGAGGCCAACCUGACAAGGGAUCAAUUAGAGGAAGAGAGAAGAAUUGAAAGAGAACAACUGGCUGCAAUAUUUGAGCUGCUGAAAAAACAAGAAGCCGAAUUGAAUAUGAAAGAAAUAGACGAGAGCGAAUUAAAUGCCCAAUUAAGUCUAUAUCGUUAA